GUUUAUAUAACCUUCGCUGGUCGUCUUGGUUUCCGUGUUUAAAGAUGAACUUUAUCUAAGGAUAGUAAGAUUUACUAGCUCCAAAAACUUGAGUGGGGUUUACAAGUUAAGCGUUACUGGGACUAAAGUAGGGGCGGUCGUAAAUAAGCCAGUUACUUUAUAAAAGAUCGUAACGAAGUUCACAGCCAUGAAACUCUAUAUACAAAUUAGUGACGUAUAUCCUCACAAAUUUGUUACAUAGUUUACAAACGUUAACAAGUAUGGAUUAGCUAAAACUCACUUUGGUGUUUAAUUCUAACACAAAUUCAAGUACUUUUUUCCGCACGUAACUUAGAUCUGUAAAGUCACUUUUGGGUACGUUAUUAAGCUAUAAAUUACUGAAGUUCACUUAAGCAUGACUAUAGUCAUAUAUUUCGAUAUAACAAUUUUUUAUAAGAAUUUACAUUAAAGUGCUUUUCUAGUGAAAAUCAUAUGUAGCAAAACUGCACUGUUCGAAAUUUUAGAUUAUGUUUGCUCAGUAAAAAGUGGAGUAAUAUUAAAAUCGAGAAUUCAUGGCAAUAUAAAGAAUAAGUGUCCCAGUGUUAAUGUGAAUGGUCAUCGUUUAUAUCAAUCAGCGUCUCUGGGUUACCAAUAUGUACUGGUUAGGAUUCACAUACGAGACGAACUAGUUUCUAAAUCAUGCAAACCCAACUUGGUUCAUGUACUCGUUUAAAGCUAAUUGACUGUCUGAAUAUCAAAACAUGGUUGGAGAUCAAGAGAUUUAAUCGUCAAGCCAUCGUAAAAUUACUUGAAAACCUUUUUUACGGAUACGGACUCUUAAUAUUAGAUACAAGGCCAACGUUAUUUUUAGACGCCCCAAAUGCCUUGGUACGGCCGAGGGUGGGGUAAGUCCGCUCUCCUUCUCGAAAUGCUCUCACACCAUGGGUGUUGUCUAAGGAAUUGUGAGGACGAAAAGCGAAUGUCCGGCGCUUUAACCGGGUUGAUGAAUAUGGAGGACCCAAACCCUGAUUCCAAACCAAUGGUGCACAUGGGCUCCAGGAUUCUGAGGAAACAAAUGGCGUACGGACCGAUUGUUGGUCCCCGGCUACCAUAGGAUUGCAUCUCCUGAUGUUUCUCCACUGCCUUGUGGAUCAGUCCUUCAAAUCGAAGACUCCAAGUGCGCCUCCCCCCAAGUAGACCAUCUGCUUCGUUUCGGGCACCCAGGAAGUAUCACAGCUCACACACAAAUCAAGUGACUUGUGUGGCACAUAUGUAUUCAGCGCCCCUUUGUAUCAAUAUUUAUGUGUUCAAAUAAAUAAUUUUCAGACACUCAUAGUUACUGAGUAUGAGUUCUGUUUCUUUAUAAAUUUCACUUUCUAAAAUAGUCGGUCUUCUAGACUUACAGGGAAAAAUACAGCUGUUAGUUAUAACAUUUGUGAAUUUAUACUACUCGGUGGUGUUUCAUUCCUUAUGAAUGUCAGAGUGCACAUGGGCUCCAGUAUCCUGCGGGAACAAAUGGUGUAUGAACCAAUCGUUGGUCACCGGCUUCCAUGGGACUGCAUCUCCUUACGAUGCUCCACUGCCUUGUGGAUCAGACCUUCAGGUCGAAGGCCCGGGCAGUAUCACAGCCCUCACACAUAUCGAAUGAGAUUUGUGUGGCGCAUAUAUAUUUGUUGCCUCCUUGUACCAAUAUCUAUGUGUCAAAAUAAAAUAAUGUCAGAGCGGAAUUUCUGUUGAUCAUUCUCUUUACAAUCGGGUUGUAUAGAUUAUGAUGUUCAAUUGUAUACGUGAAACCACACUUUAAUUUUACUAUUUCCACUUUGAGUUUGUGCUAACUCAAGUAUUUGGAUAUACGCCUCUUUAGCUUAGCGUAUGUUUCGUUUAUUCAAGUCUAAACGAUGUUUAAUAAUUUUGUAAUUUAUACAGUAGGCCUGUUCAAACCAAUGAAUCUUACAAAAGAAGUUGAUUUCGGACCGAUUCGUGGAAGGGGUCUUGUUGCUGCUCAAUUUAUAAAUCCUGAAGACAUUCUUUUUUCAGAAGACCCUCUAAUAUGCUGUCAGUUUUCAUGGAACAAGCUCUAUGGAUAUAAAGCUUGCGAUCAUUGUUUAUGUCCACUCGAAACAUCGGAGGAGAAUGCUAGAAGACUUACUAACAAUCCGUCGCUUGUAUUACCUUAUCCAGAGGCAUCAUUUCACUGUAGCCAAACUGUUCACUGUCCUAAUUGCUUAGCUAACUACUGUUCCCCAAACUGUCUCGAAUCAGCUGCUCUUACAUAUCAUUCUCCAAUGUGUAUGGCAUCCAUCGAAAAAGGCAAGGAAAAUCCGUUAGAAAAAUUAGACAUAAUCUGGCGACAGUCUCAUUAUCCUCCAGAAAGUGGUACUAUCUUUUUACUCGUUCGUAUUGCUUCUGCAUGUCUAUCAGCGUGUCUUAUUGGUUCAUCGACCUCACAGCAUUUAGUUGAAGCACUAAGACAGUUUGUUUCUAGUACAAGUGCAAUGAUCAAUGAAAAUGCAAAUGAUAUUCUCUAUCAUCAAAUACUUGGUGAUCAGUUUGCUACAUAUAUCGAAGAGAUUCAUAGUACAUUUAUUGAAGUACUCUUAUUUUUAUGUCAAAAGUUUAGUCAUGCUACAUCUUAUGAUGAAUGCAUUCAAACCCUGCAAAAAGCCGGGAUAAACACAUUAUUAGAGAAAAAUCAUUUUACAAGUGCUUUAUGUCUGAUUAGUCGUAAUGGUCAAGGUAUUGCAACAAGUGCUUUCAGUGUCUGGGUUAAUCAGGCUGGAAAAUUAGUUGAUACAACAAAUGAACAAACAUCUAAUGAAUUUAAUUCGUUUGUCGACCGGCUAUACUCGGCAAUUGAUGAUCACGUCGGUUCUUUUUUGGACAACGAAGGGGUCGGUUUAUAUUACUACCAAAGUCGGAUUAAUCAUAGUUGUUCACCGAAUGCAAUAAUUCGUUUCAGUGGAGUCAAUAGUCGAUUAUCUGUGGUUGCAUUGACACCGAUUCAAGAAGGUGAAGAAGUCACUAUCUCCUAUUUGGAUCAUUGUCUACAAUCACGUGGUCGUCACACAAGACGUAAAUACUUAUCAUCAAAUUAUUUGUUUUGGUGCGAUUGCCCUAAGUGUGAAAUGGAAAAGAUUGAUGGUGCAUUAAGCGUGACAUCCUCAUCUGAAGACGAUGAAGAUGGUGAUGACUAUUGUACUCAACAAGACAAAUGUGAAUAAUUUCAUGAAAACUCGUCAUACCCUCCCACCCAACCACUCACCCUCAAUACACAUGAAAUAAGCUAUUUUGACAAAUUCUUUGUAUGAUAAUUUGUGUAAAAUAAAAUUUAAAUCAUGAAUAAUCCUUUUGGUAAUUGUUCUUGCUCUGUUACGUUGUUAUUGAUUGACUGAACAAUUGUUUGAUAAAGAUAUCUGUGUCCAGCUCAAACUAAAAUAGACGUGAAGUAGAAUACCAGUCUCUUUACAGAUUGUCAAAAUUUAAGCGUUUGCACGACUGAGAAAGUCACGUAGCUAACUCUUAAUUUAACUCUUUUUCGUCAUUAGUUAGUCACUAUUGAAAAUUAUCUCUGAACAUGGGUAAUUCUAAACAAAUCAAGAAUUAAUAUUACCAUUAAGUCAGAAGUGAAAUCAGUCUUAAUCCACAUUUACUAUGCACGACAAACAUUGUGAAACGUAGAAAAUUAUGACAAGAACCAACUCAGAUUGCUUUUAUUUAAAGACUGGACGAAAAACAGUUCAGUAUUUAUGCCUCCCUCUUAAUUGUAGUAUACCAAGACAAACGUUUGCAUAAAUUCUAGAAGGGAAGGUCAAUAGAGCCAUGGGCUAGUAGCUAAGGUGUUCAACCUUCAGCCAUCAAGUCCCGGGUUCAAACCCCACCCCAUCUGCUCCUCUUUGGCAACCAGGUUGUAAAAUAAGCCUUCACAUUUAAAGUAUGCCUGAUACCCAAGAAAUGAGAACCAAACCCUUUUUCAAAAAAUGACACUAAUGUAUAGCUUUGGCUUAACGGCUAAAACACUCGGUGUUAGAUUUAUGUUUUAUAACUGUAUUACUCAUGGGUAACGCGUUUUUACGUCACAAUCCUCUUUCGUACGCUUCAUCGAAUAAUCGUGAACUAACUGUUCUCUUAUUGGUCGAUACACAUUUUGCACGUCCAGCCAUAUUGAACUAGUCACGUUUUGCUCGUCUAUGCUAAGUUUAUCACCCUCAAUGUGAUUUCUAAAUUAAACUAAUUAUUUUUUUGUUUUAGUACCAUUUAUUAUUUGUAUGUAUUCAUACAUAAAUAUUCCUAUAAGUCAAGACAGUUUUCUUACGUUAACCAACCUCGGAUUUGUUAUUCUGGCUAAUCUGACGCUCAGUUUUUAACCAACAAGGUACAGGUUUGAAAUUAAGCUUUAUCUGAUUGAGUCUCGGUAGCCAGGUUCUAUCAUUAGCCCUCAUAUAGACAGCAUGACUUUGCGUUUCAAAUACAUAGACUUAGACUUGGUAAGAAUAAUUUAGAUUAAUUAAGUACUAUAACCGAACUAUGGUCCAUUUGUGAUUAGAAAUACUAAUUUUAAUUACCAUAUUGGGGAUUAAGACAAGCACGUUAUUAUACAACCAGAUUUUACAACGGUUUUGUAAUAUAAACAUGCAAAUUACUCGAUUAAAUAGUAGUAAACUGAUACAUUCGGGGAUAUCUGCUUGACUAUAAGCCAUAAAAUCUUGUCGAAACUUUUGUUUUUACUUUAUUCUUAAGGUUUAUCUUCAUGUUCAUGGGACCUAUAUUUCUUGACUGGUAAAUUCUACAUAUGAUUCCCGUUACUUUAUAGACAAAUUGAUCUCUUUAGUAUGCAAAACUUAUUGAAGACAGAAAUCACAAAUGACAUAGAUAAAUCUAAACAAAGAAGUGUAUGCAAAUCAAAUAUGUUGUUUGAUACUGUUUUUAUAUAGAUGCAGUUUGAUGUUGUUUGUGUUAGUACCCAGCAACAGUGAAAUCUAAACUGGCUUCUGGGAAUCUUCUCGUCUUUACAUCUGUACGUUAAUCAGUGCUGCCUCUUUCUCCUUGAGACUAAAACAACCUAUACCAAUUGAUAUAGGGGCUUGUAGAGAUUGAAUUUUUAUGGUUUGCACCACUGAUUGAUCUUAGUUACACAACCAGUAUUCACUGGACAGCUAUUUCAUCGUAGUAUAAAACUCCUUAACAAUGCCCAUUCAAUACCUCGAGUGGGAUCAAAUCCAGGACCUUCUGGUCCGAACCUUUAGACCACUGAGCCGACAUCUGACGGUUUGUAUAUCUAACUUUGGUUAAUUCAUAAUAUUGCGCGAUUACCUCCCAUUGUUUUUUUGGUUAACUGCCUUUCUCUCACGGCUUCUCACUAGAACUUCGGUAACUACCUCUCAAAUAUGGUCAUUAGUGAAUAUUUGGUUACAGUUGCAUUACAGGUUUGUAGCGAUUGUUGAAUUUUCUUAGUUUUCAUCACGUAUCUGAAAGACUUGGGCUCGAUCGUCAGUGGAAUCGUGGAUAUACACUGUUGAUGAGUCUCAUACUAUGACGGAACAGUUAUCCAGUUUCAAUGCCUUCUUAUUUUUCAGCGGUUGUAUAACUUUUACAUAAACUCUGAUUACACAGAUCGAGUCAAACAUACUUAAUGUAACUGAUUGACAAAGUGGAUAGUGUAUUAGUCGACACUUCAGCAAAUAAGAGAAUGGUAUAGGUCGCUUUUAAUAUUAGGAGGGGACUAGACAAAUAUUCCUACUUAUAUCAAAACCCCUUAUAAGUUUAUAGACCUAGCACACUCCCACAUCUGGUCAGCAGGUUUUUUCCAAGCAUGACACAACUAAUCGGUUACUGGGUCGAAUUCUAGAAAGUUCUGAGCUUUCAUUUCUUACUAGUUUGAACUCAUCAUUAUUAAAGUAUAUUUGUAACCUUGAUUGAACCGAUGUUCCUCGUGGGAUUCGAAAUAGUGCCGUAAUUGAGGAUGUCACCGUUAAGCUGUUCUGAGAAUAACUGAUCUGUCAAACUUUGAUGUUGAGUCACCUAAAAGUGAUAGCUGCACUUCAACUCCACCUGUAGAAUUUAAUCACUACCUAAAGACUACAAUGCAGGAUUCGGCAUUAUUCAGUGACAAACUGGUUUACCUAAUAGUUUUCCGGCUUAGUUAAAAAAUUUAUUUGGCUUAGAUUUCUAUUUAACAAAAUGAUUCUAUAAUGAGAGUACUUUCUAUUUCAAUUUCUUCUUAGUGUGAACGCCUGUUCUGUUGUUUCCGUAGUUCCGACGUCGACGACAACGACAAUUCACAGAUCCGUUAUGAAUCCUACUCGGAACGUGGCGGUGGUGGGGGACCCGUAGACUUAGAGACUCGUAGACGAUUACAAGUAGAAGCCAUCGAACGCCGAUUAGCUGAAAGUGAAUCACGUGGGAUUGGAGAUCUUGCAAAAGUUAGAAGAAAACAAGAACGUAUUGAAGAGUUAGAAAAGAAACAGUAUAGUGAUAAACCAUCAGAUAAUACAUUACGAUGGAAUGUCAGUUAGUUGGACUGUAUAAAAUUAUAUUAUUCACUUCGUUUCUUUCUGAAUUCUUGUAAGUAGAUCAUGAUGUUAUACUCUUCUAAAAUUAUUGUUGAAGUACAUUCAUUAUUAUUUAUGCUGCAUAAUAAUAUUUUGUCAAAUAAUGGUCUUUUAAUCAAGUUUCUUUUUCGAAAAUUUAUACAUAAUUUCAUUAUUUAAUAAUAAAUCAACUUUUUAUUAAUUGGACUAACCAACUUAUUGAAAUUUUCACAUUGACUAUAAUUCGUGUCACGUGAUUAGGUAAUGCCAACGUUAUAAAACAGAUAUCGACUUAAUUUGUAAAAAAAAAUUUGGCAACCACUAACUUUUGAUUUUAGUUGUUUAAAGACAUUUCACUCCCUACGAAAGCUGAAGAUAAUCUGUACUGUCCUAAUAAGGAGGAGUCUUACUCCCGAAUAAAGCAUUUUUCUAGUACUUCCUAGUAUUUUAGUUAAAUUCCAUUCUCAACAACCACUUGAUUUACUUUUAUUUCCAAAUCAUGACUUUAAGUUAUAGUGGUAUUCAACUCCUGUGAACCGAAAUAUGUAUCAUUCCUUCUUUUAUCAAAUUUGUUUUCGAAUUUAGUGUUGGUGGAUUUUACGCGCAUAUCAAAAGUAUUGUCAGAUUCUCUAGAAUAAUGUACUGAAGGUUGUCUUGGCUUUUCAAACAUGUAACUCUAUAUACCUACAUAACUGGUUUUUACCUAUUAAUUUGAGAAUUCAAGUUGAUUUCGCCCAUUUUGAUUCAUUUGACGUAUUAGUAUCGAAAAAGCCUUUACACAAUAAGUCUAUGUGAAACUUUAUUGCACGUAUAAAUAGAUACUAUGAUUUUCCAAAUGCGUUGCUCUCUACUUUUGUUUUACAAUUUAAAAGUAUUUCAUAUUAAGAAUUAUAUUCAGUCCGAUUUCAUGGUGGAGUAAAGUGGUUUUGUAUCUAAUAGUCAUCUAAUUGGUUGCUUAAUUGAUGCACGAUUUGGUGAAUUGUAGGGCUUAAACUAAUUUGUGGAUAUCUCACUGACUUGAUUGAAUGAGAACUUUGCACUGAAGUGGCUUAACUGGCUGACGUUAAACUAAAAAAUUUAUUCAUAUGUAAUUUAAGUAUGAAAACAAGAAUCCUGUUCUUAUGGAUAAAUCUUUCCUGAUUGCUACCUGACGCCAUAUGUCAUAAGUCUAUUUAGUUUUUGAGUAAGUGAAAUCAAGUUUCUGUAGGUAUUUAUGAUUAGUUUAAGACAUAUUAGUUCAUUUCAGAUAGUCAAUUUAGGACUUCAUAACUUUCUGAAUAUUCUUCGUUUAACAACUUUGCUCCUUCCUAGUUUGACCUCACCUUGUAUAAUUUUGCUCUUUGUAAACUACUUCUAACUUAUACCCUGCAAACGAACGAUCUCAUUUUAUGGUCAAUAUAUUUGAUUAUCUGUGAAACAAUCGGAUUUCUAAAUAUAUGUUUACCCAACUUUAUUAAAUGGUAGACGGAUCUUUUGGUACUCUCAAUUAUGUAUUUUGACAUCUUUCAAUAUCCCACUAGGAAUUUUUAUUACUUUGAAAAUAAAGUACAACUCCACUCUUAUUUAAAGAUGAGUUUACAAGCUGAAUUAAAGUUUAAUUUCUUUCACUUCAAAAGUUGAAAGUAGGCAUCAAAUCUGAUAAAUUUAUGUAAUCAAACUUUCAGUAAAUGUUAGAGGCCGAUAUUAGGUGGGUGGAUUUAGUUGACGGGAAACCAACCGAGGAUUCGUACUAAUUAUAUUCUCUGUUAUUUGUACAUAUAAAAAAAUUGGUAUGUUAGAAAAGUGAUCAUGUCUAUUAAACAUAUUUCGUACAAUUAGUUGUAUCUCAAAAAUCUACUUACUAAAACAGUCAUAUACAUGAGCAGAGAUAGAUGGUGGCUAGCAGUGGAAUCUAGGACGCGCGUUUCGUCCUAAUUGGGACUCGUCAACUGG